AAAACGCAGAGAUGUCCUCAGUGUGCCGUUGACCUUUGACUUCUCUUCCUUUUUCUGCUUUUUGGGAUCGGGUCCGAUGCUGCGUGGCGGAACCUUCCUUUCCUGCCGUGGUUCCCGGGAGAGCCCUGAAUCAGGAACACAGUCAAGAUGGCGGCGCUGUGGCGAUGGUUCCGCUCUUCGGCUCCUGCGGCAGCACCGGGACUUUGGAGUCGAGUCCGAAAUAAUAAAAUAGGUGUCUGGACACGGAGUCUUCUUAAUGAUUACAAAGAGGCCUGUAAAGAGAUUGUUGUGAGCGCCAGAGAUCACCCAGGAAAAGCUGCCUUUUACUGUACACUCCUCACAGGGGCAUGUGUUUGUGGAUACAAAAACCCAUGUGACAAAUCCUUUCAGGCAACUCUGUUGGAAGCAUCAAACCAGCUUUUAGUCUUGUCACCUUGGGUCCGGAACAGUCGGUCAGACCGGCACAUCCAGAAUCUAGUGACAGUCAAAAACCAGGGCCGACUCCGGCAUCAGAACCUGCUCCUCUUCUCUCUCGUGUAUGCAGCACCCUAUGAUGCAAAGACCAGUUUAUACAAUGCACAAUGUGAAUAUUUGAAACCACAGUGGUCAGAUUUUCCAGGCAGAGUUUUGGACAUUGGGUUUUUUGGCAAAUGGUGGAUCCUUAGUUCCAAAAUGAGAGACUGGGACAUCAAUGAUGAAGAGUUUGCUUAUCUGCCUGUUGAACUGCAAACAGUUACAUGGCAGAAUCUUCAUUCAACUGAGAAUGAGAGACUGUUUGAAUUAAAGUUCCAGCCCGUCAUUCUUGGAGAAGAGGACUCACAGGAGGGGGGUGGAGGCUAACAAAUACUGUGCACUGUGCCACUCUAGUUACAAAACAUUUUUAAAAUUAAGGAUAAAAACUUAAGCUCAUCACCUCACAGCUUUAUCCUUCUCCUUGACUGGUUCACAACUUAUAAAACUUUUUUGUGUUGUUAUAAAAAUGUAAAUAAACUUAAAUAAACACAAUCCCAAGAA